UCAUCCCAGGUGCACUUUCUUUCAGUAUCAUUUUAUGGUGAUAGCUUUGUGGAGCUGAACAUGGCAGAAGCAUCCUCUCAGACAUCCUUACAGUUGCGGUUUCGAACAAGCAGGCCACAUGGACUGCUUUUUCUUGCAGCUGGGAAGAAGGAUUAUUGUUUAAUGGAGCUACGCUCAGGAAAUUUACAGUUGAGAAUUAACUUUGGCGUGGGGGAACAAGUACUGCAUUCUCAGCAAAGAUCUCAGCUGAAUGAUUUAGCUUGGCACCUGGUUGAACUACAUCAUGAACACGAUAAUGUCACAUUGGUAAUUGAUAAACAUGAUAGAACAAGUACAAAAAUGCCUGGAAUUCUCUAUGAAUUAAAUAUUGAUUAUGGAUUCUACGUAGGUGGUACUAGUAAACUUGAUGUUCCCUAUCUUGUUGGAGCACUGCCCAAUUUCCGAGGAUGUAUUGAUGAUGUGUCAUUCAAUCAGCUAGACAUUCUGAUGCCUCUGAGACCUUAUUCUGGAGUUAAAAAUGUCCAUGAAGUUUCAGUGGGAUGCAGUGAUGAAUUCUUUGCAGGUGAAGAUGAACCCAUUAGUUUUUUCAGUUCCAGAUCCUAUGUUUCUUUCCCAUCAUGGAAGGCUGAUGAUGAGGGAAUCCUGGAGUAUACAUUGCAAACCUCAGCAGCACGUGGCUUGCUGCUUUACCAUCCUGGGCAAGCAGGAGAUUUCAUUGCAAUGGAAAUGGAGGAUGGAUUAAUUAAAGCCUAUGUUGGAAAACAUAAAAGUAGAACCCAGCUUUCAUCUCAUAGGUCUGUCAAUGAUAGUCUUUGGCACUACAUCGAACUGAAAUUUACUGCAGAAUAUUUGCAGCUGACAUUGGAUGAAGAAACUGUGAAAAAAUCAUUGCCUCCCCGCAGCAAGCUGCCACUUCUGAAGGGGUCUCUCUUUGUAGGUGGUGUAGAUGACAGCACACGAUCCGAAGUGAUUAAGUUAGCUCUAACUUCAGUGUCUGGGAAGUAUGCCAGAGGAGGGUCCUUCAAAGGUUGCUUAAGAGAUCUGAAAGCCAAUUCAGAAAAGAAAUCACUGAAGAAUGUUCUGGUAACAAAGGACAUUUCAGCUGGAUGUGAAACAGAGAGUGCUUUUAAUACAAAUCUUUCUUUAGAGAUGGCUGUAAGGAGCCCUACUGUGAAAGCUGCCCCAACAUUUGCCAUUUCCCCUGAAAGCUCUGUCUCUCUGGGCAAGGAAGACAAAAGCCACCUUUUGGUUCUAAGUAACUUGAUUGUGCUAGAGGGCGGACAAGCUUCACUUGAAUCUAAACAUAUUAAAGUCAACUUAGACUUUCAGAAAUUAGGGAUUCAUCAGUCACAAAUUCUUUUUGAAAUAAAGGAACCACCCUCUUAUGGAGACUUGAAACUAAAUGUUGAACCAGCGCAGGAGGUAAAUACAUUUACUAUGCAGGAUGUGUGUCAAGGGAAGAUUCUUUAUGUCCAUGAUGGCUCUGAGGACACUUACGAUUAUUUUAAUUUCUCCAUUUCUACCAGCAGUGAGAAGACCGUGCCUCAAUAUUUGCAAGGAAAUGAGCAGCAUGUGUUUAGCAUUGUUGUCACUCCAGUAAAUGAUGCGCCUGAGAUCACACUUCCUGAGGGAAACUUGCUUCUUCUCUUAGAGAACUCAAAGAAACGUUUGACUAGUGAUCUGAUAAAAGUUCUAGAUAAGGAUACGGAUCCUGUGGAUCUCAGUCUUUCAGUGCUUGGAAAUCUGAAUGCAGAUGCAGGAUUUUUAGAAAAUUCAAAGUAUCCUGGAAAAGCUAUUACUAAUUUUUCUAACGAGGACUUAAGAGAAGGCACUGUUUUCUUUGUCCACACAGGCGUCAAGAACUCAAGGAUUGUUCUGAGGGCGAGUGAUGGUGAGAAAGUGAGCAACACUGUCGUGUUACGUGUCAUGGCAGUUCCUUUGGAUUACAGAGUUGUCAACAACUCAGGAAUAAAACUACUCCAAGGUGUUACAGCUCUGAUCACGCCUACACAUCUGGCAGUUGAAACAAAUGCCAACCUCCAGGAGCUGGAGAUCCGGUACGAGAUCACAGAGCCACCCCAGUUUGGGGAAGUCCAAAGGCAGCAUUCAAGGGGGGAAUGGAAGCAAGUCAACUCUUUUUCUCAACGCUCUGUUCAGCGCAGCCGUGUGAGAUACUGUAGCACUUUUAAAAAAAUUCAGCUGGAAAAUGUUACUGACCAAUUUAAAUUCAAAGUUAGCAUAGGAAACAGAAUCAGUGAAGAGCAUGUGUUUCCAAUCAGAGUGAAAUGGUUAAGAUACAUUUUAUUGAAACAUGCUCCUCUAGAAAUUGAAAGAUCAAAAAAGAAGUACUUGAAUUCAGAUAAUCUUUUUGCUGUGAUUGUGGAUCUAGAAGUACCUGAAGAUGAUCUUCAUUUUAAAUUGCUGUCCCUACCAAAGAAUGGACAAAUACUGCUUAAUGACCAGCCUUUGAAAAGAGAUUCGGUCUUUAGCCAGAAAGAUAUUACUGAUCAAAAAGUGGCAUAUGAAUUAAUCAGCAGGUACCAUGAAGACAACCGUGAUUCAUUUAGAUUCCUCAUUUCUACAAAGUAUUUGGAAUCAAAUUUAUAUGACUUUGAAGUCUACAUCAAAUCAGAUUUCAGAAACAUUAUCUUGACUAACAAUGGCCUAACUGUUGCUGAGGGUGAAGGAGAGUUAAUAACAAGCACAAAAUUGUUUGUGCAAACACCGGAUAAUAGAACUUUCCAGUAUAAACUUAUACAGUUUCCUAAGCAUGGGAAAUUAAAACUCAUUCAUUUGUCAGGCUUAUUCAAGAGUAAUGACAAUCUCACCACUUUCACUAACAAAGAUAUAACUGAUAAGCGCCUUAUGUAUGUGCAUGAUGAUUCUGAAACAGCUUUUGAUGAAUUUCUUGUCAGAGCUUCUAGUGAAGAGUCAGGAAAAUGGGCAAACUCUGAUCCAGAAGUAGAACCUUUGUCAGUAGAAAUUAGAUUCAACAUUUCUGUCCAGCUGAAGAAUGAUGAGAAACCAGUACGUGUAGUUGAUAAGAUAUUUAACGUAGUGAGAAAUGGGCAGCAAUUAUUAACUUUGGCAGAUCUUUGCUAUCAUGAUCCUGAUUCUGAUUUUGAUGAUGGACAGUUGCUGUAUACUAGACGUGGCAUUUCCAAUGGGGACUUGGUGCUAACAAAUGAUACUUUGCACAGACUUUACCAGUUCAAACAAGCAGACCUGGAGCAAAAGCACGUCCUAUUUAUACACCGUGGUGCAGAUUUUGGGCGUUUUGUGCUCUUUGUGACAGAUGGCAAACACUAUACCUCUUUGCUUCUAGAAGUUAAUGCCUCUGAUCCUUACGUUAGGUUGGCAAAUAAUACAGGCUUGUUGGUUCAAAAAGGAAAAGAAGAAACUGUUACAACAGCUAACUUAAGUGCUAUUACAAACCAAGACAUCAGAAAUGAUCAUGAGAUCAUAUAUGAGAUACUGUCUUUCCCAAAAUAUGGAAGACUAUAUGUAAAUAAUCUAUUAAUGGAUUCCUUUACUCAACUUGAUUUGAUAAAGGGGUAUGUGACCUACAGGCAUGAUGACAGCAACAACCUUAUUGACACAUUUAACUUUACGGUCCGUGCUAGAGAUGUCCAUCUGGAUGCUGGAGUACAUGUUCGCAUGUAUUUGGAAAGUCAUCAGUGGCCACCAAGGAUUGUGCACAAAAACAAUCUCUUAGUUGAAGAAGGAAAACCAGUUAAAAUCAGUAAAGGAAAACUGCAGGUCAUUCAUGAAAACAGUUCUCCAUCUGAGAUUGUGUUCACAGUAAGGCAGCUUCCAGUACAUGGAUACAUUCGGAAGUUUUCAUCAGAAGAAAGUUAUCUUGGUGCUGACCAAAGGCCAGUUUUGAGCUUCACACAGCAAGAUGUUGACGAGGGCAAAGUUCAGUAUGUACAGACAGUUUCUGACCAACUAGAUGACCAUUUUUCUUUGGAUGUGACCAAUGGUGUCCGAACAGUGAGUGGAAUAGAGAUCUCUGUAGACAUCAUACCCAGAAUGAUUCCCCUGGAAGUACAGAACUUCACAGUAAUUGAAGGGGGCUCAAAAGCCCUGGUGGAAGACUAUCUAAAGAUUUCAAGUAGACAUUUUGCAGGACUCAGCUGCGAAUUUAUUGUAAUUGAGCAGCCAAAACAUGGGUAUGUUGAAAACUCUCGUGUUCCUGGAAUAAAGUUAACCAUGUUUACCAGAAAACAGGUGGAACAAGAAUUAAUCUACUACGUUCAUGAUGACAGCGAGGAGCCAAUGGACAAUUUUACUGUGAUAGUAAAUAACACGGAAUUGUGGAAACAAAGCUUGCCCCAAACUGUAUUUGUAACAGUUACUGCAGUAAAUGAUGAAGCUCCUGUUAUAAAAGUUAACAGAAUUCUUCGGGUCUGGGUGGGUUCAGUCACAGAAAUAACUAUUGAUGACCUCUGUGCAGAAGACAAGGACUCCUCACCAUCUGAACUGAUAUAUUCCGUUAGUCCACCUAGCAAUGGGCACUUGGCUCUGAAGUCUUCUCCAAACAAGACCAUCCUUAGUUUUACCCAAGCUCAUAUAACUGAAGGGCAGCUGGUAUUUGUACACAAUG